GUCACUUUUGACAGGAGAAACAGGAGACAUACUCAUGAUCCUGUCAGCAAUUGAAAGUGAAUGACAAAGUUAAGCAAUAGUUAAUAGUUGCUGCGCAAUAACGAGGAUCGAGAGUGCAGCAUGGAAACCGGCUCCUCGAAGGAUGACUCAAGCAAUCAGGAUGAUUCUUAUUCGGAUGUUGACGAGGUUGAACCGAAAUUGAAGUACGUCAGAAUGCAGAAUGACAUCAAGGGGAUAUUAGUGAACGAUGCUGCGAGCUGUAUUGCUGUACAUCCUAAGUUCCUCUGCUUGGGCUCCCACUGGGGUCGAAUCCACGUCCUCGACCACCAAGGUAACAAUAUUCAAUCGAAGACUCUCCAGGCCCAUACAGUGGCAGUGAAUCAAAUUUCGAUUGAUCAUAAGGGUGACUACAUCGCCUCUUGUAGCGACGAUGGAAAAGUCUUCAUCUACGGUCUUUACACUGCCGACAACAAUCAUAAUAUGUCCUUGGGUCGUCUCGUCAAGUCCAUAGCAAUAGAUCCAGGCUAUUCCAAGCCCGGGGGUUCUAAGAAAUUCAUAACUGGCGACGACAAGCUCGUCCUCUACGAAAAGACCUUCCUCUCCCGGAUGAAGCUCUCGGUCCUAUGCGAUGCCGAAGGAGGUGUCCGGUCUGUUGCUUGGAUGGGGCAGUUUGUUGCCUGGGCGUCUGACACUGGUGUCAGGGUCUACGAUCUCAAUUCCAAGUGUUCAUUAGGGCUCAUCAAGUGGACGACUACACCGCCAGUACUGCCUGAGCACUAUCGUUGCAACUUGCGUUGGACAGAUUCUAGGACUCUGUUGAUAGGCUGGGUCGACACUGUCCGUAUCUGUCAAAUUCGAAAGCGCUCCACUCAAGAGACAUCCACCCAGAACCUCGCAGAAUUCCUCAUAGAUCCUGUCUCCACGUUCCAAGUAGAUUUCUAUAUAUCGGGGAUAGCCCCUCUGGAGACUCAGCUAGUUCUGUUGGGAUGUCCAAAAGAGCCUGACGAAUCUGGAAAGUCUCAGAGACCUACUCUUCACAUUGUCGAUCCCAAAUACCAGGACUUUCAGACGAUCUGUGCCAAUUACCUGACUCUAAGAGGAUACAAGGAGUACUCCUGCAAUGAUUAUCAUCUCGAUUGUUUACCUGAGGAAAAUCGAUUCUUCAUAGUCUCUCCAAAGGACAUAGUAAUCGCCUCUUUGUACGACUCCGAUGACAGAAUAGAGUGGCUCCUCUCCCACGGAAAGUUUGAGGCGGCCCUCGAGGCAGUCUCCCUCAAUGAGGGCAGAGACUGCGAACGUCACACAAUGAUCAAUGUAGGAAGAGUCUAUUUGGAUCAUCUCCUGGCCUCCCAGCAGUACGAGGAAGCUGGAAAGCUCUGUCUAAAAGUUCUGGGAAGGGACAAAAAACUCUGGGAAGAAGAGGUCUACAAAUUUGCGAGAGUCCACCAGCUCAGAUCAAUUUCCUCGUAUUUACCCCGGGGCGAUAUCACCCUGGACCCCCUCAUCUACGAGAUGGUUCUGUACGAAUACUUGAAGAUAGAUCCCGAUGGCUUUCUCCAAUUAGUCAAGGAAUGGUCUCCGAAACUUUACACAGUUGCUGCUGUUGUUAAUGGCGUUUUAGAACAUCUUCUUGUUCACAAUCAGAGGCAGAAUGUUCUUUUGGAAGCUCUAGCCAUUCUUUACUCCCACGACGGCAAGUAUGAUAAAGCGCUUGCGAUGUAUCUGAAGCUCAGGCACAAGGAUGUAUUCCAGUUGAUCCAAAAACACCAACUCUGGAGCUCGGUUCAUGACAUGAUUGAGGGACUCAUGGAUCUCGAUGCUGAGAGGGCUAUAGCCCUGGUUCUGGAUAAGGACAAGGUCCCUAGCGAUCUCAUCGUUAAGAAACUUCAGAAUAAUCAUAGAUACCUUUACAUGUACCUCGACGCACUCGAUAAGAAGGACAUGAAAGAUUGCAAAGGCAAGUAUCAUGGUAUUCUCGUAAGGCUAUAUGCGGAUUACUCGAGGGACAAGUUACUUCCCCUGUUGAGGAGGUCUGACAACUACCCCAUUCAGCAGGCUCUCGACAUCUGCAGUCAGAGGCAGUUCUAUCCGGAGAUGGUAUAUCUCCUCGGGAGAAUUGGAAACACUAGCGAGGCAUUGGCUCUUAUGACAAGGGAGCUAGGGGACAUGGAAGCUGCCAUUGAAUUCUGUCAAGAGCAUGAUGAUGAGGAGCUUUGGAAUGAUCUUAUCAAUUACUCAUUGAAUAAGUCUGAGAAUAUAACGUUUUUACUACAGAAAAUUGGACCGUAUGUGGAUCCCAGGCUCAUGGUACAGAGGAUUGAACCCUCUAUGCAGAUACCUGGUCUUAAAAAGGCCUUGAUUAAGAUGAUGUGUAAUUACAAUCUUCAAGUGUCGGUACAGGAAGGAUGCAAGAAGAUACUCUCUGGGGAUUAUUUCAAUCUCCACGAGAGACUCGUUAGGUCACAUCAGAGGGGAAUUUUUGUCGAUGAUGAUCAAAUGUGUGGAGCGUGUCACAGAAAGGUCAUUGUCAGGGAUCCAAGGAAUCUAGUCGUUUUUUAUUGUAAACAUCUUUUUCAUGAAGAGUGCUUACCGGACCUCGAUAAUGUCGAGAACUGCGUUAUUUGUAAUCCGGCGAAGGACAGGUUUAAGUGAAGAAAACAAAACUGAUAUAAUUUUUCUUGUUGCAAAAAUUUUUGACAAGAUUUUUUUCAGUUGAUAAGUGAAAAAUAUAUUGUCGUCAGCCGCUUGAAAAUUAUAUUAAAAAUAUUUUUGUAAAAAGUUAUCUUGAUUUCUCUUUAUUUUGUUGCAAAAAUGGGUUUUCUUCAUUCCAUUGGUAUUAAUGACGAAGCAAGUAAAUGAGACGUUUCCUGAUUGUAUAUAAUUAUCUAGUUGAACUAAAAAUGUCAGAAAUGUCGUGUGAAACAAUCUAGGAUAAUUAUUUUUUUAAACUCAAGGAACUCUUUUGUACAUCGACGAUUUUUUGGAAUUCUUAUUUGUCCUUGUUUCCUGAGCCAAAAAAUGUACCUAAUCGUAUUGCCUGUAUAUUGAAUAAACUAAAAAAAUUACUGAAUAGAAAGUGAAUUGUUUUUAAUUUUUUUUUAUUACUUCGUUUUUUCCUUACUAAUGUACAAUAACUUGGUGCCUGGUGGCCAAGCGUAACGUUACGACACGAUUAUUUCAAUUUGCAGUGACAAAUUUCUGUUUUUAGCUAAAGGUUUCGAACAAUCACAUCCAGUGAUGGAUUAACAAUUGAAGGGCGUAUGAAUAAUUCAAAUGGAUUACACUAUACAAAUAA